UUUUACCCCGUUGCAUGAUGGGAAAGCGGGAUGUUCAAAUCCUCUUCCUGCUUUUUUUUUUGGCUCGGUGUGUUUUUGGUCAUCAUGGAGGGGAGAGGCAGUGCCUUCAAUACUCCCACCAGCAGACCUGUAACUCGUAGAAGCAAAAGUUAUGGUCGGAGCUGUGUAGAAGCACCCUCAUAUUUCUGGCAAACGCCAGGGCAUUUAACAGUCUUGAAGAUCCCAACCAGUAGAGGAGCUGCCAAAUCACAACUCAUCACCGAUAAGGUUGACCCCGAGCACAUCGCUCUUCUGGUGAAACAUGAGUGGAAGCUGUCCUACGUCACCCCUUUGCAUCACUUCAGACAUACACAGCUGAAAGCAUAUUCCAAACAUCUCGCAGCCUUCAUCGUAGCAGAGAAACAGCAAGGAGUUGCGGUUGAAGUCGGGCUAGAAGCGGGAUUUAAGGUCACAUUUACUGCAGUUCUUGGACUGGCCGAAACCGAUGAGGAUGCUGAGACUGUUUUCAUUCAGAUCCAGUCCAAACCGGUAUUUGCUGCAGCUGCGGACGCUUCUAAAGUGGUGUGGCGCGGUUGGCUCACGUGCGUGAACGGUGAUCCGGAGUACCUGAGGUCACUGCCUUCUGAUUUUGUCAGCUUACCUCUGUUUUGCACAAGCGGACCGGAAUCUCUCACAAUGCUUGUCAAAUCCUGGUUCGAGAGGGCUUUUGAUUGCAACUUCGGUUGCUUGGCUUUAAACUCCACCACUCUGAACUGGCUGGCUGCUCUCUGGACUGGUUGCCAUCCCACCUGCAAUAUCAGGCAUCUGAAACUGGCCUGGAGCCUUCCCACGCAGCCGCCCCUGGAUGUCUCGUAUACAGUCAACCCACAGGACGCGUGGGAGCUCUGGAACAGCAUUCACCCAGAGGAGAGUCCAGACGACAAGAUUGAUAUUAAAGAGGUCCGGUCUUUCAUCAACGGGCUGGAGACUCAUUUUUUCAGACACUUUAAGAUCUACCUGUCUGCUGGUACACUGGUAAAAGUAUCUACCGCUCUGGGAUCAGCACAUCUUGACGGAAAAAUCAAGAUCGGAAACAGUGACUACAUCACCACCUUACUUACCCUUCUGACAGAAUCCGCUCUUUCCAAAAUGCCAACCUAAAAUAUGCUUUUUAUUCAGACUUGUAAAUACACUUUUUUUUUUCUAUACUUUUUCGUGUUUUAAAGCUCAUUGUCUCGUAUUUAUUUUUUUGUGCUGUAAAAUGUCUGUUUGUUUUUCAGCUUUUGAAACUGAACUUUUUAUUCUGCUUUUUUUUUUAAUAGUAGUUUUAUAAAGACAAAUAACAUCUGUCUUAGGCUUAUGUUAUUGUGAUACAACUCAUUUAUCACAAAUAAACCUGAUUAUCAACUAUGUGUAAAUUUAUCACUACUAUAUGUAUAAUUCAAUAGUUCACACAAAUAGGCAUUAUUGUGUCUAUUUGUAUAUUGUAACGUCUAUAUUUUAUACAAACAUAUUUUAAAUUGUGUAAAUAACUUUAGGGGUGUUUGUUAUAUUUGCAUAAUGAAUAGUGGCUUAAUUUUGGUUGUUAAGAUGCGUUUUGACUCAAGGCCUCUGUAAUCAUACGAUUUCGUUUUGCUAGCAGCGCAAUGUCAGAAUCGAACGAUCUAAAUGUAUUACUUUACAAAGCCUACAUGUAGCAAAAGUUUGUUCUAUUAGUAGUUCUGAAACAAGUUUGGAACUGAUUUAACUGUGUUGUUGCAUAUUACUUUGAUUCGUUCUUUAAUUUGCACUCAAAGCAGCCAUCAUUUAAGCAUUUACAUCACAAAAGCACCUAAGAUGUGAAUAACAAAAUGUAUUCGAACAGAGUACCAGUACCAUUUGUCUCAAUAAAGCAAAAAACUAAAUUGAAUUCCGUUUUUUCCAAGAUCUCCAAAUUCAUGUCAGGACAUUUAAAUUUAAGCAGUCUAAAUCAGUGGUUCUCACCAGUUUAUCAACAAUUAACAAUUUCAAUGACUGCAAACAUUUGCAUUAUUUUGCUUUGGAUAUUUUAUUUCCACUUUCAAAGAUCUGAAAUGUAUAGACAGUUGUACAUCUUUAAAAUUAAAUAAGAUCAUGGAAGAUAUACUUUAUGUAACCGUAUUUCAACACCAAGAUUAGAACACAUAACUGUCCUGUGGGAAAACAAGUGUUGAUUUAAAAAAGAAAAAAAAGGGCAGUUGUAACAAUUCAAAGAGAUUCAUCUCAUAUUCAGUAACAAGCUAUACAUUAAGUUUUUUGAGCAUACGUGCAGGCUACUACUGCAAACCUGUUUGUUCUAAAAAUGUCAGAUUAUGAAAUCUUUUUUUUUUUUUUUUUUUCUUUUUUUUUUUUUUUUUUUUACCUUGGGUCCUUAUACUUGCAUAAAACAAUACAUCCAACAAUCUUUAAAAAAAAAAAAAAAAAAAACAAACUUUAAUAGAAAAACUCUUAGUGGAUUAAAGUGCAUGGACUGGUUCAAUGAUGCAUUCGGUUGUAUAAAAGUAAACAAAUUGAUAAUACAUCAAAC